AAGAAACUACAACAGAAUCAGCUCAGGAAACAAUGCAGAAAAAAACUUCUCAACCAAAGAUCAACAUCAAUCUUAUAAAACCAAAACCUGUACCACAACCCACCAUGGCCAAAGAAACUAGUAAGCCAAAUUGUAACACAAACAAUAUUACAUCAACAUGUACUACCAAUGUACGAAAAGAACCGUCUUUGCCAAAAAAUUACAAGAUACCCAUGCAAUCAAAAUACAAUAAACCUUCAAUUCAUCCAGUAACAGACAAUGAAACUGGUAGGCCAAAUAUUAACAAUAGCAUUUGUAUACAAAACAGCAUUAUAUUGAAAAAACAGGCAUUCAUUUCACCAUCAAAAAAUAAUAACAAGGUCAUUAAAACAAACCAUAAUAAAACUGCGACCCCUAAUACAGCAACGACCAAAGAAAUUGCUGACCAAAAUAAGAAUAAAAAGCCAAAUCAAUUAAAACAUGAUUUGAAUAAUAGCCAGUACAAAAAUAACCAAGACAAAGCUCAGGUAAAGAUGAACAAAAAUACCGAACAUGUCAAUAAUGGUAUUGAAAUAAAACAGCUGAAAAAGAAAGUUACAGUUCAGCACAUUGAUAAACAAUAUACAACAAAAUGUGAUGAACGAAUGCCACCUGAAUAUAAAGAAAAUCAUCAAAGUCAACCGGUAAACAAUAAAGAAAACGAUCAACCAAAGUAUGAAAAGGUAAUUAAACAGCGCAAAGCAAUCAAAGAAACAACUAGGCCAAGGGAUUAUAAAGAUGGGCAGGGGCCAUCCAGAAACACAAACGAAAAUAUAACUCCUGAAACAAAUGAAGCUAUUAUUGCUCAUAUUAAAGCUAUUAAAGAUAUGUAUAAAUUAAAGAAUAAAAAAGAGCCUACCUUUUCUACUAAACUUAAAACAAAAAAAGAACAUAUUUCAGAUAUAUCUAAAAAAGUCAGCAAAUUAGAAAAACAUACUAAAUCGAAAGACAAUCGAAGCCAAGAAAUCCUAAAAAUAUCCAAAAAACCUAAGGACAAGGUAGUAAGUAACAAAGAAACGCAUUUGCCGCGAACUCUUUUAACAAAGGAAGAUAUUGAUGAUAACCUAAAAAAGAAACGUGCCAUAGAAAAAAUAACGAGUCAAGGUGAAUAUUCGGGAAGUAAGACUAAAAAAAUUAAAUUGUCUUCGCCGGAUACUAACACAGCCAAAAUGAACACGUGUAAAUCUGUCCACGAAAAAAAAUUAAGUAAAAGUAUCUCCCCGGUCAAAAGCGUCGUUUCCCGAAUAAAUACAGACCGUCAAUCUCAUAAUUCUGAAAAGUUUUACCAUAAAGAAUCGGGCUACUGUCACUCGCAUUAUGAAAAAACGUCGGGCAAAAAAAUUAAUUAUCACUGUCAAAAUUCAGAAAAACAUGUGCAAAGAGGUUCAGACGUUGAUUUAAGAACAAAACUUAAGCGUAAAUAUCCUAAAAUCGAUUAUCGAAAAGAAGACUGUAACUGGAACCAUAUUCAUAAGAAAGAUAAGUUUGCCACAGUACCAAACGGAGACCGAUUUGUGCCCGAGGAAAAUUUGAUUAUAUCAUUUAAUGCGGAAGACGACAAUGAAGAAAAACCCACAAUAAAAAAGUCACCGGUAAAGAAGUUGGCGCGUAAGCAAUCGUCACCUAAAGAUAAAAAACGUAAAAAAAUUAAGCUAGAAAUAAAUAUUGUAUUUGGCCAUGGAGAUUCAACUGAUGAAGAAUCUACCAAAGGUGAGGUUGAGACAAGCGUCGAGACGGUGGAAAAUAUGGACCUUAGUUUCCUUGAUGACUUCAAUGUAGAUGAAAUAGCUGAAAGUCUAAAUGAGUGUAAAGACUGUACUAGAAAAAUGAAUGAGGAAGAAGCCGUUGUUGAUGUCAACGCACAACACAUUAUAACAAACAACAAUACGAUAACAGAAGCUAUGACUAAUAAAGAAAGUGCGGUAUUUAAUACAAAUGAAAGUAUGUGUAAUGAUGAGUUUGCUGAAAAUAAAACAGAAUAUCGCAAAGAACCCGCAUUGCAGUCAACAGUCGAUAAAAAUAGUGCCUGCUGUGAAGAAACCCAAAACACAAUUAAGUCUAAUAUAAGCACAGGGUUAGAUAAUAUAAGUACAAAACAAAGCGCCAGAACUAAAAAUAAAACGGAUAUAUUCCAGAAUUACAAUUCUCAAGACAAUAACAUACAGGAUCUAUCUUCGGAAGUACCUACGGUAAAGAUGAGUUCUGAGAAUUGUACUGACUCUGAUCGCAAUAGCAAUAUACCAAUUAAUAAAACUCAAGAAUCUACCGCGAUGAAUAUGAAAGCAAAUGUUGAUAUAGAAAUAAACGAUAACAACAAUUUCAUUACAAUGCUAGAGAAUAAUUCUGAAGGAGUUGAGAAAACACAUAUAGAUAACGGUUUGCUGUUAGUGAACAAAAUGGACUAUUCAGAAAUCAUAAAAGAUAAUAAAAAUUAUAAACAACAUCUAACAUCUUCUGAAAUACCUGUGGCAAUGUCGAAUUCCGAUAGUAAUAUUUACUCUGAUCACAACGAUCUUAUAGAUGCUCUUCAAGAUAAUAGUGUAGAUGAUAGUUUAGAAAUGAAUGCGAUUAAAUCCUUUAUUGCCUCUAUGAACGAUAAAACCGAUGAAAAUAAUUUAAAACCUUCUAAAGUUGAAAUGUCGUCGACGGUAACGAAGUAUUCGAAUACGCCUUACAAAACUAAGAUUAAACAAAUGGAGACAGUCAUGACUUCUGACCAUAAUACCACUGAAAUAUUGACGUGCAUUAAACCAGAUCCUGAAGUUAUUUUAAUUGAUGAUUCAGACAGCGAAAAUGAAACGGAAGUGAAAAACAAACAGACGACCAAAGACGAAAAUGCAGAAAACGUACAGCCUAGCAAGUUAAUUUCGCCAGAUAAAAAAGAUGAAGUAGUAAUUAUAGAACCUGCUGAAGAAAACUCUGAAUCAACCUUAAUAUUAGACACAAAUGAAGAAGACUUGCAGUCUGCUAAGGAAACUUGCCCAGUGAAAUCAGAUGAAGUAAUCAUUAUUAAACCUACGGGCGUAAAUUCAGACUCAGUAUUAAUAUUAGACACAGACUACGACAUUGAAGAAAGUAUUGAUACUAGCCAGUUAAAUGAAAGUAAUCAGAACGCUUAUAGUGAAAAUAUAAUUAUGGUUGAACAAAGCGAGCCUAACAAAACGGCACUGAAAGAUACUUCCAUCGAAAUUAAAGCCAAUACUAAUGCUGAAAUUCAGUCGGAAAGUGAAAAAACAUUAAUCCAAGAUAAUGUAACAAAUAAAACACAACCUGGAACAGCAAACACAGAUAUACAUAAUAGCAAAGACAAGAAAGAUAAUUUACAGGAUGCAGAUAAAGGAGCCGGUAAAUCUAAUACAAACCCAUCUGAUGAGCCUCCAUGUAAAAAACCAACAGGAAAGGACGAUAUUCCCGAAAAAUCUACACCAAAUACAGUUUCAAUAAAUAUAAAAACGCAGAAUGUUAGCUCAAAAGCUGAUGCAAAGGCUCGCAAUAAAGAAAAAGACGAAGUUGUCCAAGAAAGUGAAAACAACGGAGUUGAAAGAAGCCGCUGUAUAGCCAAUAACAAGUUUGUACAAACACUGGAAUCAAAGUUGUUUUGGUUUUUGGGACAAAAAUGCACAGUUACAGACGUAAUACGACACGAUGGAAGGUUCUCCAAAAUAUAUCGUUGCAAAGAUUCUUGCAAACAGGACUACGCCAUAAAAACAUUGAAGAAACAAUUCGACGGCUACAACGUAGGCCUUCAGAAACAAAAUAUGAUGAUGGAACUACAAAACGGCGUUCCAGAGAACAACCUCAACUGUGUCCGUCUGAUCACCGGAUUUGUGGUGUCAGGGCUGUGGUGUUACUUAAUGGAAUACUAUCCCAUGAAUCUCCAGCAAGCCUUUGUUGAGAACAAGCGGAGUUUCCACAUUGAUCAUGUGCAGAUUUUGAGCGGCCAGCUGGUCUCCGCUGUUACUAUAUUGAGGAACAAUAACAUCAUACAUUCAGAUAUAAAACCAAGCCACAUCCUCAUCAACUCAUCCCAAACCCGAAUUAAACUCUGCGGUUUCGACCAAGCGACCUACCUCGAAGACAGCAACCUUUUACCAAAGACCGGCACUGUCAACUACAGGGCACCCGAGCUCAUACUAGGCUAUCCAGCCGGGUACGGUAUAGACGUGUGGUCGACAGCGCUAGUGAUGUACGAAAUGGCGACCAAUAGGAAACUGUUUCCUGGGUUUUAUAAUAAUAACAUACUGUAUCAGCAGUUGUGCUCGCUCGGUGCUAUACCUAUGCAAAUGCUGAUGGAGUCUAAAUUUAGGAAUGCACAUUUUAAGGGUACGGCGUUUAUGAAAAUAGUUGGGAGUAAAGAGAAAAUCAUAAUAAACGAGAUCGAAUUCAACGGAAGACUGAAUUCCACCCUAUUCCAAGUCUACACCUCCGAUUGGGGGAAAGAGAGAGACGCAGCGAGCAAGCGAGAGGACAAGAGGAAACUCCGUGCGUUUUUGGACCUACUUCAAAAUAUGUUAGUUAUGCAUCCGCGGUGCAGGAUCGCUAUUGAAUUCGUGUUUGCGAACCCUUUUAUUUACGAGUCGUUUGAUGACUGUUGAUGUGUUGAUUAGUUAAGAGGAGAUUUUAGGAUAAUGUUUACGUUUAAUUUGUUUAAUUUUGUUAUGUGAAGAGUACAUUUUAAGUUUUCUA